AUGAUGAAUGUUUUCCUUUUCUUUUCGUGCAUUGUGGUAAUAGACACACUCCUCCAGAGCUGCCCGGCCCAAUGCAACGAAUUAAAUAUAAGUGACAAAGGGAAGGUGUUGUACGAUUAUUUCUUCACCCCUAAGGUGAAGGGCCCAAAGGAUGGGGGUACGGAGCAGGGUGCCCACGCGGGGGACAAGCACGUGUCGUACAAAACAUCGGAAGUACAAAUUAGGCACCACGAAGAUGUGCACACAGGAGGAAUGGAAAAUAUUGAUCAGAAGAAGCAGCUAAAGGAGCAUAUGGACCAGCUAAAAAUGCUACAUAAAAGUUUAAAAAGCAAGGACAGAAAUGCAUACGGUCAGGUAAAACCAAGUGGAGGUCAAAGUCUGCACAACACUGAUGGCACACUGGGGGAUACCCAUCAUAAGGAAGAAGAAACGAGUGAAGACAGCCUGGCCAAAUAUGUGCAAGACGAAAUAAAGAAAAAUGAGAAAUUAAGUAAAGAAAAAAAAAGCUACGAAGAAAUUAACUUACUGGAGGAUAACUCAAAGAAAUUACAAAGUGAUAUUCAUGCGUGGCUUGAGUCAGUAAAAAACAUAUCGGAAAAGACGAACAAAUUGAAGGACAUUAAAACGCAGCUACUGAACAACAUCGCCUCGUUAAAUGAUACUCUGACGGAAGAAAUUGAAAAUAUAAAAGAAAUAAAAAAGUUGCAAAAGGAACAGAGUGAAAUAUUUUCGGAAAAUUGGCUCUACUUUCUUCCCUCCACGUCGGACAAUUUAGAUAGCCAGGGGCAGGGCGGCAGUUUUCAAGUGCUGAACUACUUGGAGAAGUUUAACAAGAGGGAUGCUCCACCCGUGAGUGGUGAUCACGCGAGUGGGGAACACCCUAACGGGGGGCUUCCAAACGAGGGGAACGUUCUUAAGACGCACGCGAACACCGACGGAGGGAUGAAGUCGUCCGACUCGCACAGCUUCUGCAACGUGCUCGUCCUGCUUGUGAUUGCCUUCCUGCUCAGCUAG